AUGGCUGAACAAAGAACACUAAGGCAGCUUGCUGCUCCUGAUGUCAAUUACAAUGGUCUAUGCAUUCAAUAUACUGACGUUGAUAUUCCUUUUGAAUUGAAAUCUGGUUUGAUACAGUUGUUGCCCAAGUUUCAUGGUCUUGCAGGUGAGGAUCCGCAUAAGCAUUUGAAGGAAUUUCAGGUAGUUUGUUCUACACCAUUGAGGCCUGAAGGUAUAACAGAGGAUCAUAUCAAGCUUAGAGCCUUUCCAUUCUCGCUCCAGGGUGCUACCAAAGAUUGGUUGUACUAUCUUGAGCCGAAUUCUAUCACAACUUGGAAUGAUUUGAAGAAGGUCUUUCUAGAGAGAUACUUUCCCGCUUCUAGAGCUGCGUUAAUCAGAAAAGAAAUAUGCGGCAUUAGGCAGGGAAACGAAUCAUUGGCAGAAUACUGGGAAAGAUUCAAGCAGCUAGUUUCUAGUUGUCCUCAACACCAGAUCACCGAGCAAUUACUCAUCCAGUAUUUCUAUGAGGGGUUGCUACCAAAGGAUAGAAACAUUUUGGAUGCUGCUAGUGGUGGAGCACUUGUUGAUAAAACUCCAGCUGCUGCAAAGGCCUUGAUCGAGAACAUGUCACUCAACUCGCAACAGUUUACAACUAGAAAUAAUUCUGCAAGUGUGAAUGAGGUUCAGUCUUCCUCUCCUUCCAUCAAGGCGCUCGAAACCAAGUUUGAUGCUAGAAUUGAUGAACUUACUUCCUUGGUGAAACAGUUGGCAGUUAAUAGACCUCAAACAGCUAAAGUGUGCGGCAUUUGUACUUCUCCUGAACAUCCAACCGACACAUGUCUUAUUCUGCAAGAUGAAACAAUAACUCAGCUACCUCAAGCAUAUGCAACAGCAGCCCUUUACAAUCAGAACAGGUACAACAAUCCUGACCUCUCCACCAACCAGUAUCAUCCUAGUUGGAGGAAUCAUCAAAACCUCAAAUACGGUAAUCAGUCACAGGCUGCAGCCCCCUCUGCCCCACCAGUCAUCCCUUCACCUUCAUUGGAGGACCUUGUCAAGCAAAUGGCUACAAGUAACAUACAGUACCAACAACGAACAAAUGUUAGCAUUCAGAACUUGACAACUCAGAUGGGGCACAUGACAACACAGAUGGGACAAAUGGCUAAUGCAAUAGGCCAAUUACAAGCUCAGGGCUCAGGUAACCUCCCUCCUGCACAAACAGUGCCGAAUCCGAAUGUAAAUGUGAGUGCAAUUACUUUGAGAUCCGGAAGAGUGUCAGAACCAGCUCCAGAGAAAAAGAAGAAGAAAACCGUUGCAUCAUCAUCUGCUCCUGAACCUCCUUCUGUUACAAUUGAGACCGAACCUGAAAAAGAAAGAGUAUAUGUGCCACCAAUUCCUUUUCCUCAAAGGGUGCAGAAAAAUAUCAAGAAGACAGUUGAGGAAGACAAGGAGAUUUUAGAUGUAUUCAGAAAAUGUGCGGUUAACAUUCCUCUCCUUGAUGCAAUUAAACAGAUUCCUAAAUAUGCAAAAUUCCUGAAAGACUUGUGCACACACAAGAGGAAGUUGAAGGAAAAUGAGAGAGUCAGUUUGGGACGAAAUGUUUCUGCUUUCAUUCAGCCCAAAAAUGGUUCCUCAGCUAAUGUCUCAGUUCUCAGUUAG